CAUAUCCACAUCCUCCUUUUCUCGCUCACCCUCGCUAUCCCCACCUCUUCUUUUUCUUCUGCAUCUUUGCCUCGCUCUUCGUCCCUAGUGCUUCGGCAGCCUUCCAGAGCAACUAGUCACUGUCGUCGACAUUCACAGUCGUCCUCUCGCCACCCUCUCACCUUCUGCUCUUCUUCCUCCCCCUUGUUCCCCACUGCAUUUAUAUUCUCUCUUAUUCAUUUGCUCUCCCGCUUUGGUCUCGAUUCCUUGUCUACGUGGUGCUCGCUCGCCCACACGCAACCCCUCGCGCACCCGCACACCCGCACCCACACUCAUUCGGUGAAGUGGAUAGUGGAUGGGAGGGAUGUUGGUCGAUGAAAUUGCAGGUUAUGAUGUUGACAAGCCACAGCCAGCACAGCUGUCAUAACAACCCCAUCAAUCAUAUGCUCCAGGACUCGGUGGCAAUAGCUCGUUGUAGGCCCACAUCCAGAGCAGCAUCGGGAGGAGCGUCAACGGGAAGCGUAUAUGCUUACCCCCGCCUCCAUCCGAGUACUUCCCCAUCUCACUUUCUCAACCAAUGCCGUCAGGAGUGCCGUUUUCCCCCUCUGAGAGCCUGACAGCAUCUGGGCAAACCAUUGUCUUUUCCUUUUACGACCUCGACCUCCGCCAUGCAAAGAGUGCGAUGUGCUUGCUCAGUGCGAGGAGUAGUUCCUCGCAUGCUCAGCUUUUCACCGCAGCCGCCUCAUUUCCGCUCUUCCUACUCUUCCUCCUCUAUCUCUCCCGCCGGUAUGACGAUGUCUGACACUUCUGACACCAGACCUGUCAAUUGCUGGUAGGCUCGCGAUGAAACUCGAUACUUU